AUGGAUUAUAUCUUACUUACGGUUUGGAAUAUGGUAAUCCUGAUUGCAUCAGUUAUUAUUUAUACCGGAUGUCGACGAUCCUAUUCCAUCUAUUUUUUUGAGCGUGAUGCAAAAAGAAUCAUAUUCCUGGAAGAUGCAGGUGCAGUUGCUGUCCCAGUAGUAUUGUCAGUUUUAUUAAUUAUCUUACAUUAUAGUUUAAAACUGUCUGGUAAGAAUGAUAUGGAAGAAAGAACGGAGCAAAAACUGCCUCAAUCACGAACAUCAAGUGUAUCACGUCAGUUAACAAGAAAAAUGCCUAUAAAAUUGGAUAGUAUUUCAGAAUCAGUUGUUGCAGGCAUAACAGUGACUUUUUUUAUUGAUGGAAAUGAGAAAGAGAUGAAGACAAAACAAAGUGAAGAUUUGCCGAAAAAGAUGGAAAGUGUGGAUGGUUCAAAUUCAGAAGAAUAUUUGAUUAGUGAUGAAAUUCUUUCAACCUCUUCACUUAAGAAUAUUUCGAAGCAGUUAAUUCAAGAAAGCAAAGAAGUAAGUGAAAAUAUUGCUGAAACAGAAUCUACUGGUAGAAUUGAUCAAGAAAAUCCAUCUAAUCGGACAGCAUCAUUGCAAAGGAAAUCUUCUAUCUUAAGCGAUCAUGAACUGGAUGUUGAACGUAAGCGAUCUCAAAUAUACAAAAAGAUGGGCAAGGUCACUUCCUUGCCAGCAAUGAAUGAGAUGGUAACAGUUAUGCAUUUUUCAUCAAUUAACAUAUCAAAGCGAUCCGUUUUGAACAUAUUUGGUCAGCUUAUUUCUAUCCAUAUACCAAUCUGGUUCGGUGUUAUUGCUGUACAAAUCACAGUGGUUGAAAUAUUCGAUAAUAAAUUCUAUCAGUUAUUUUACUACCAUCAUCCUAGAAUGAAGCAACUAGCAAUGGUCAUCGCUGUAUUAUUAGGACUUUUUCAUGAGGUGAAGUGGACAUGGGUUGUUAAUGAUAUGUUGGGUAUUGCAACAUCUUAUGUUAUCAUUGCACGUAUUGAAACAGCAAGUUAUUUCGCUGGUUUCUUGUUUCUCCUUGGAAUGAUUUUGUUUGAUAUAUUUUGGUUCUACUGUUUCGAUCUUUUCUCAGUGGUGACGAAACAUUCUCGUUCACCGCUUAUGUUAAUCAUUCCAUUGGGGAAAAGUCAAAGACCGGCUAGCAUUUCAGUUCUUGAUAUUAUAGUUCCAGGGAUUUUCCUAAAUAUUUUAUUGAAAUUUGCGGAAAUGUACGAUAGUGAAGUAUUCGUCUUAUCUUUUUACGCAUGUAUUUUUGGUCUCUUGAUUACUGAAUUGAUAACAUUAUUGCAAAGAAAAUCAACACCGGCAAUAGUUCUUCCUGGAAUUUUUGCUCUAUCAGCUUCGAUGCUUAGCGUUGAAAAUCCAUCUGAUUUAUGGCGAUUUGGAAUUAAACAUUAA